AAUUUAAUUCAAAGAAAAAGAUUCUGUGAUCUUAGUAGGAAAGAAACAAGGGUGAUUCAACUGAAAGUUCUGUAAUUUUCUUCUUUGACAAAAAUAGGCAAUACCAGAUAAGCUUAAACAGCCUCAGAAGUUGCAACAACCCCUUCAAGUCUUAAAGAGCUGCCACUUCUACAUGGCUGGAGCUAAUGGAACUGUGUUGCUGUUGAAUCCAGUUCAAGAACUGGCAGUGGAUUGUAAUACCCCGACGCAGAGAUAUAUUCAUAAAGGCGGUGAUGAAGACAUUGAUGUUAGUCCUCCUGUGAUUGAUAUUUCAGUAAUUGAUCUCAGCUCCAUACAGACUUCAUCACCAUCCGCGGAAAAAGAACUUGAAAAACUAAGGACUUCUUUAGCUUCAUGUGGUUGCUUUCAGGUAAUUGGUCAUGGAAUGACAGAAUCAUUUCUUGAACAAGUGCAUAGAAUUGGGAGAGACUUCUUUGCACUUCCAUUGAAGGAAAAGGCCAAGUGGUCAAGAACUGCUGAGGAUACUGAAGGAUAUGGGAAUGAUUCUGAGCUUUCGGAGCAUCAGCUUCUUGAUUGGAAUGACCGUCUGUAUCUUGUCACAAACCCUCAAGAUCAGAGAAAGUUCCAGUUUUGGCCUCAAAAUCCUGAAAAUUUUAGGGAUAUAUUGCAGGAAUACACCGAGAAAAUAAUACUGCUGAAUGAAGUUGUCCUAAAGGCCUUGUCGAGGUCUUUGAACUUGAAAGAAAACUGCUUUUUGGAUCAAUAUGGUGAAAAUCCAAACAUGGUUACAAGAUUUAAUUACUACCCUCCCUGCCUAAGGCCUGAUCUUACACUUGGAGUCAAACAGCACGCGGAUGGAUCGGCUAUUACAUUUCUUUUGCAGGACAAUGAAGUAGAUGGUCUUCAAGUCCUGAAAGAUGAUCAGUGGUUUAGUGUACCAACUAUUCCCAAUGCUCUUCUCGUUAAUGUUGGUGAUCAAGUAGAGAUAAUGAGUAAUGGGAUAUUCAAGAGUCCAAUGCACAGAGUGGUGACUAAUCCAAAACGAGAGAGAACAACCGUGGCUGUUUUCUGUAGUCCGGAUCCUAGCAGGUACAUUGGACCGGCAGAGGAGCUGAUUUCAGAUGCAAGCCCCAGGUUAUACAAGAAGAUCAAAAAUUAUGUUGGUAUCUUUUUUGAGAACUAUCAACUUGGAAAGAGAGCUAUUGAAGCAGUAAAAAUGUAAUAUAGUGUUCUCAGUAUCUUUAAUGUGUAAUAAAUAUGUGAUGGACCAUUUUAAGUGCAUAUGUGCCGCGAGGAUAACACAGACUGUUAGGUACUCUGCAUCCAGAGACCAUUUUACAAUAUUUUGUUUGAUUA